UUGGGAUUUCCAGGACUUCAUGUUAACCUUGGUGGACGAACGAGGCCCACUGGACCACGCUGGCUGGCUGGGACAGACUGUGCUCUGGUGCUGGAGGGUUGUGCCUGGAGCUCUUCUGCCUGCUUGCACGUGUGAGUGUGGGUGCUUGCGUGUGUAUGCCAUCGUUGUGCGCGUGCAUGGGCAGAGAGUGUGUGUGUGGGGAGCAGGCACGCAAAAGCUCUAGCAGGCGACAGCUCAGCCCUGGGGACCCUCUCCACCUUCUCUCUCCAGACCGGCGCGCGGGGCGGGCACCAGAGCCAGCGGGUUCCAGGGCGGGCUCGGGGAGGUGGAGCUGGAGGAGGAGAGGGGAGAGGGCGGGAGGAGGUGGGAGGAGGAGGGGGGAGGAUCCGGGAAGUUCUGAGGGUAUUUGACAGGAGCGAGGCAAGUCACACCGGACGCGGAGGACCACUGGGUGGGCUCGCGGAGCUGGGGAGAAAGAGGACCACGAGGAGCCGCUGCACUAUCGGCCGCGCGCUCGCCCGCCCGCUCUCCCGGCCCAGUGCCCGGGUGCAGGGCGCAGGGCGCAGGGCGCGGCAGCCUCAAGUCUUGGUCCCCAAGCCGGUCACCAUGCUGCUGCCCCAACUCUGCUGGCUGCUGCUGCUCACCGCGCUGCUGCCCCCGGCGGCCACGCAGAAGUUCUCGGCGCUCACGUUUUUGAGAGUUGAUCAAGACAAAGACAGAGAUUGCAGCUUGGACUGUGCGGGCUCUCCUCAGAAACCUCUCUGUGCAUCAGAUGGAAGGACCUUUUUGUCCCGCUGCGAAUUCCAGCGUGCCAAGUGCAAAGAUCCUCGGUUAGAAAUUGCUUACAGAGGAAACUGCAAAGAUGUGUCCAGGUGUGUGGCUGAGAGGAAGUACACCCAGGAGCAGGCCCGGAAGGAGCUGCAGCAGGUGUUCAUCCCAGAGUGCAACGAGGAUGGUACCUACAGCCAGGUGCAAUGUCACAGCUACACGGGGUACUGCUGGUGUGUCACGCCCAGCGGAAGGCCAGUGAGCGGCACCGCGGUAGCCCACAAGACUCCCCGCUGCCCAGGUUCAGUAAACGAAAAGUUACCCCAACGAGAAGGCACAGGAAAAACAGAUGAUGCCGUGGCCCCAGCGCUAGAGACUCAGCCUCAAGGAGAUGAAGAAGACAUUGCCUCACGCUAUCCCACCCUUUGGACUGAGCAAGUUAAGAGUCGGCAGAACAAGACAAAUAAAAAUUCAGCGUCCUCCUGUGACCAGGAGCACCAGUCUGCCCUGGAGGAGGCCAAGCAGCCCAAGAAUGACAACGUGGUGAUCCCUGAGUGUGCCCACGGUGGCCUCUACAAGCCGGUGCAGUGCCACCCGUCCACGGGGUACUGCUGGUGCGUGCUGGUAGACACAGGGCGCCCCAUCCCCGGCACAUCCACCAGGUACGAGCAGCCAAAGUGUGACAACACAGCCAGGGCACACCCCACCAAAGCACGGGAUCUGUACAGGGGCCGACAGCUGCAGGGAUGUCCUGGGGCCAAAAAGCAUGAGUUUCUGACAAGCGUGUUGGAUGCACUAUCCACAGACAUGGUCCACGCUGUCUCUGACCCUUCCUCGGCAUCUGGCAGGCUCUCGGAACCUGACCCCAGCCACACCCUGGAGGAGAGGGUGGUGCACUGGUACUUUAGACUGCUUGACAAAAAUGCCAGUGGAGACAUCGGCAAGAAGGAGAUCAAACCCUUCAAGAGAUUCCUCCGGAAGAAGUCAAAGCCAAAAAAGUGCGUAAAGAAGUUUGUUGAGUACUGCGACGUGAACAGUGACCACUCACUCUCCCUGCGGGAGCUGAUGGGCUGCCUGGGCGUUGCGCAGGAGGAGGGGUCAGCAAGCACCAGGAAGCGCCACACCCCCAGAGGUAAUGCUGAAGGCACUGCUAAUAGACAGCCCAGAAAGCAAGGAUGAACCGCUUAUAUACCCAAGGCAGUUCCUAGACAUGUGGGAAUCUCCCUCACCAAAGAGCAAUUAAAAACCAAAACCAAAAACAUAUAGUAUUUGCACUUUGUACUUUAAAUGUAAAUUCACUCUGUAGAAAUGAGAUAUUUAAACAGACUGUGUUAAUCUGUGAAAAUGGAAGGCUGGCUUCAGAAAAUUAAUCACAUACAAUGUAUGUGCCUUCUCGCGACCUUGGAAAGCUGUUCCACGAAGAUGCCUUUGAGUGCCUGUGAGCUGCGCUUCCGCCUGACACCCAUCUGCAGCAGCAGCAGACACCUCCUUCUGGAAGGCAUGGCUGCAGCCCUCUGCCCUGGCCCUGCACUGUUUCUUGUCCACUUGCCCAGCUUUGGUGACUCCUGUAAUAUCAAUGUGUAGUGUGCUGCAGUUACUGUGCACAGAUUGGCCUGUUUCUUGGGAUUUUGUUUGUCUGCUUUGUUUGGCUUUUCAGAAAUCUCUCACACCACGAAUCAUGCAACCACUAACUCCAGACAUUCAGGGCAGAUAGUGCCCUGGUAGGAAAGAGCAUUUCCUAUAGUUUGUGUUUCCAUUUCAAGCUUCCUAAGGUUGGGCUUGGGCUCCAUUAAUCACACCAUUAGAUUUCCAGAGUGGCUCCUGCUGAGGGCUAGCACCCUAUAGGACCCCACCUAAAGAGUGAGUCUGAGUCCCACCCUGCCCAUGAAGGCAGGGCUGGUUUAGUCUGGUGGGCUCAGCCCUCUGGACACCUGCUUCUCUCCCAUGUGGCUGUCCCAUCCUGCUGUGGCCUAACCUCCAGCACACUGAAAGGGAAAACUGUCCACUGAAUAAAUUACAGUAUCCCUAGAGAAGGCAGAGCCAGCCCAAAUUGUGCCAGGGGUGUGACUUGGCAGCCAAGGGGGACUGCUCAGCUUCCUGUAGUUCCAUGCUUCCAGGGCAAGAGGACUUGCCUGCUGGUGGGGACCAUCUAGUGGGCUUCUGGGGAAGCUCAGGAGCUAGAUGCUCACGCUGAGCAUGGAGACUGAGGUCAGCAUGCACUCACUGGGCCUACGGAAUACUGGGAGGAUGGACGUGGAACUCAGUGUGAGAGCCACGUGGCCAUCUCAACAUAAACUUUGGGUUGGAAAAAUCUUCGUGGCCUCCAGUCUCCCAACAAUGUCACAUGUAUGAUGUCUGUGGAUGUUCGUGAAGAUAUUUCUUGAAGCCUUUUGCUAUUUAAACUGUGCAAAGGUAAAACACAAGCCUUUGGAGCCCUAAACCAGCUCAAAGUACGUGUCAAUGUUUUUCAAGAAAUAGUUACAAUCUUUUGGAUAAUCUUUUAUAUUUCUAAACUUUGAAUUUAAUCAUUUUUCUUAGAUUAAAAUAAAGUAUGCUAUCAAAACUA